AUCACGUGUGUGCUGGCUGUCCGGGCUGAGAGCAGCUCAGCAGCAGCGCUGCAGCUCCUCUGGGCGGACUCGCUUCACUGUAACCACCGCCUCUUUCUCCAUCUGCACUGGGACAGAUUUACGCUUCAGCUUUCUUAUUUAUGAGCACCAGGCCGCCCCCCAGGACCCCUCUAGGACGGUGUGACCGCGUAAAUGAAGUGUGAAGACGACAUGGGAAGUCCCGUGUACCCGAGAUGACCGAUGAUUUGGUCCAAAUAAUCACGUCUUUUUUGUCGCCAGAGAGGGAAACUUGAAACAAGGCUUGUUUUUGGAGUUCCACCUCCCCUCCUCUCUCCCCGUAGGAUUUGAUUCAAAGGCGAAAACCAAGAUGGCCGCCGAUUCCGUGCAGGGGGAUGCCAGGGGCCAGCUGGUGGCGGAGCGACUGGGUCUGGGGCAUAACCUGGACCUGUCCGACACCAUGGUCCAGCAGAAGCUGGACGAGAUCAAGGAGCAGAUCCGCCGUGAGAUCCGCAAGGAGCUGAAGAUCAAAGAAGGUGCUGAGAACCUACGAAAGGUCACCACAGACAAGAAGAGCCUGGCGUAUGUUGACAACAUGCUGAAAAAAUCCAACAAGAAGGUUGAGGAGCUUCAUCAGGAGCUGCAAGAGCUCAAUGCCCACAUUGUGGUCAAAGACCCUGAAGAACUGCUAGAGUGCCCUUUGACCCCAGAUACCCCCAACAGUGAGGCGAGAAUGUGCACCAGCAGCAGCCGCCUCGCCGCCCUGAAAAGACAGAAUGACAUCGAGCUCAAGGUCAAACAGGGUGCUGAGAACAUGAUUCUGAUGUACUCCAAUGGCUCCUCCAAGGAUCGUAAGUUGCUAGCGACUGCCCAGCAGAUGCUUCAGGACAGCAAGACGAAGAUCGAGUUCAUCAGGAUGCAAAUCCUCAAGGCCAGCCAGGCCAGCGAGCUGAGCUUCGAGAACAACGAUGUGAUGGACAAGCCCAUCAUCAGCCCGCUAGACCUGCGGGUGGAGGAGCUGUGUCACCACGCCAAGAUAGAGUCCGCUGUGGCCGAGGGAGCCAAGAACGUCAUGAAGCUCCUGGGAUCGGGAAAAGUCACAGAAAAAAGAGCGCAUUCAGAGGCCCAGGCUCGCUUUAAUGAGUCCAGUCAAAAGCUUGACCUCCUGCGAUAUUCCUUGGAGCAACGCCUCAGUGAGUUGCCUAAAAACCACCCUCGCAGCAGCAGCAUUGUGGAAGUGUUGUCCCUGCUGACCUCACCAGCCCUUAGUCCCAGAUCCAGCAUCAUCUCCACACAGAACCAGUACAGCACCGUGACUAAGCCCGCCGCGCUCACAGGCACAUUAGACGUCAGGCUCAUGGGCUGUCAGGACCUUCUGGAAAAUGUCCCAGGUCGUUCCAAGGCUGCAUCUGUCCCGCUGCCUGGCUGGAGCCCCAGCGAGACUCGCUCAUCCUUCAUCAGCCGAGCAAACCGAAACCGCGGUGUGAGCUCCCGAAACCUGACAAAGAGCGAGGAGCUCUCCAAUGAGAUCAGUGCAGUGCUGAAACUGGACAACACAGUAGUAGGCCAGACUAGCUGGAGGUCGGUCAGCAACCAGGCCUGGGACCAGAAGUUUACAUUGGAGCUGGACCGGUCUCGUGAGCUGGAGAUCUCGGUGUACUGGCGUGACUGGCGUUCGCUCUGCGCCGUCAAGUUCCUGCGGCUGGAGGACUUCCUGGACAACCAGCGUCAUGGGAUGUGUCUGUACCUAGAGCCACAGGGAAUGCUGUUUGCUGAGGUGACCUUUUUCAAUCCUGUCAUUGAGAGACGACCAAAGCUGCAAAGACAGAAGAAGAUUUUCUCAAAGCAGCAAGGUAAAACCUUCCUGCGAGCCCCUCAGAUGAACAUCAACGUUGCCACCUGGGGCCGCCUGGUAAGAAGAGCCAUACCGACCGUCAGCACCAACUCCUUCAGCCCUCAGGCAGCUGAGACUGUUCCCAGCAGCCUACCUGGUUCACCCACACCCAGCAGUGACCCGCUGGUGACCAAGCUGGACUUUGACAAAGAGCCCACCCCAGGACCCAAACACUACCCAGCACCUGACAGCUUCCAAGAACCACUGGUGCAAGAUAAGAUGCCUGACAAGGAGGAAGUACAGGAUGCACUCGCCUCAUUUGACUUCUUGAACAAGAGGAACAGCAUAGCGGUGAAGCCUGACCUAGACAGAGCGGUCGAGCAGGAGAUCCAGCAUCCAGACCUGGAGCUCACCGCCAUCCAGAAAGACUCAGACAUAAGGGAAGAAGAGCAGUUCCACUUCAGUCUUCAAGACUUCAAAUGUGUGGCAGUCCUGGGACGGGGUCACUUUGGAAAGGUGUUGUUGGCAGAGUAUAAGAGCACAGGGGAGAUGUUCGCUAUCAAAGCGUUGAAGAAAGGAGACAUUGUGGCUCGCGAUGAAGUCGACAGUUUGAUGUGUGAGAAGAGGAUUUUCGAAACGGUCAACAGCGUCCGCCACCCGUUCCUGGUCAACCUGUUUGCGUGUUUCCAGACGCAGGAGCAUGUUUGUUUUGUCAUGGAGUACGCAGCGGGAGGCGAUCUGAUGAUGCACAUCCAUGCUGAUGUGUUCUCUGAGCCCAGAGCCAUAUUUUACGCUGCCUGUGUCGUAUUGGGAUUACAGUUUUUACAUGACCACAAGAUUGUGUACAGAGAUUUGAAGCUUGAUAACUUGCUCUUGGAUACAGAGGGAUAUGUAAAGAUUGCUGACUUUGGUCUUUGCAAAGAAGGAAUGGGUUUCAGGGAUCGCACCAGCACAUUUUGUGGCACACCCGAGUUUUUAGCUCCUGAGGUUUUGACUGAAACGUCGUACACUCGUGCUGUGGACUGGUGGGGGCUGGGCGUCCUCAUCUUCGAGAUGUUGGUUGGGGAGUCGCCCUUCCCCGGUGACGAUGAGGAGGAAGUGUUUGACAGCAUCGUCAACGAUGAAGUCCGUUACCCGCGGUUCCUCUCGACCGAGGCCAUCUCCAUCAUGAGGAGGCUUUUGAGGAGGAGUCCAGAACGACGACUGGGAGCAGGAGAAAGGGACGCAGAGGAGGUUAAGAAACAUCUAUUCUUCAGGAGUAUGGAUUGGAACGGACUGUUGGCCAAGAAGGUGAAGCCGCCAUUUGUGCCGACCAUCCAGGGCGCCAACGACGUCAGCAACUUCGAUGACGAAUUUACCUCAGAGGCUCCGAUCUUAACCCCGCCCAGGGAACCACGAGUGCUGACCUCCGAUGAGCAGAACAUGUUCUCUGACUUUGAUUACAUCGCUGACUGGUGUUAGCUUUACGUGACCGCUGGUCUACACACACUCAGACACACACACACACACACACACACUGUGAACCAACCAACACAGCAAUGACUGUAGCUCACAUCAUUUUAAAACUUUCCUCUUUGUUGGCCAAAAUGUUGGAACGUGGCUCCCCAAGCCUCCAGGCAAAAAAAAACAAAAAAAAAAACAAAACAAACUCUGUGCCAUUGAGAAGAAUUUACAGAAGCCUCCUGAGGACCCCUGCUUAAUUUUUUUUUUUUUUUAAUCCACAUGAAGAACUUUUUUUUUUAAGAAAAAGAAAACAAAUGAAACUCUGUUGUUGGAGAGUGAAGGAGGAGGGAUGCUUCAUCCUCCUGCACACGUCGUCGUGUCCAUUGUCUGACCACUGAGAAUGUUUUUCAUAUGAACUCUUAGAAGACGGCAACUUCACAAUCAUGUUAUUCUGUCACUGUCUUCUGUUUUUGUUUUUUGUUUUUUUGAUCUGUACAGAUUAUAUUCAGACAUGUAUUUUAUUGUUGUUUUUCUUUCUUUAAUUGCAAAGCCCCUGCCAUAGCUUAAAGACAUUUUAUCUCACUGUAAAGUUUGAUAUUUCCACCUCGAUUAUAUCUGAAUCUGGUGUUCGGUGAAUUCAAAGUGCUCAAAGCAUUGAUCACUGAACGGACAGCUACAACAAACAUCUUGACUACUACUGCUGCUUCUUGACUUGAAAUCCAAGUAAGAGUCUUCACACUAUAUGUCUUUUUUUGUAUAAGGGCUCACUUUUUUCAGCCUCACUUCGCUCACCUGAAGCUUCCAUGUCUGCAUACAACGACCCACACAACAACACAAGUGAUGAACAGCAGUCCAUGCAGGGUGACCUGCCGCUUAAGCUGUUAAAUUAAUUAACCAUCAUCAUUAUUAUUAUUAUUUGGAAAUGUAUAGAUCAUUAAAAAAUGCCUUUUGGCCAGAACAAUUAAUGCAAAGUAUUUUACUUUUUUUUUUCCAGUUUGAUGCCCUCUAGUGGCUCUGUAGCUUGAGGUUGACAUUCAGCUGAACCCAAUUCUGAUGAUCUAAGGCCCGCUUGGUAUUGCAGUAUUUUUUGGAGCAAUAAAAUCAAACUUUAAGUUAGUCAUUUUAUCAGAGCUGAGUUCAGUUGUUUUUCAAUGAAGUUUUUUUCUCGUUCCUCAGUGAACAGCUGGUUGUGGUGGACCUGAUAGCAUUUUUCUUGUUACCUCAAAGUGAAAACACUACAGUGAGUCUCACAGUUACAGCUACCAAAACCAAACUCGUCCUGUCCCUCUUGAAGCAGACAACAUCUCUUCAUAAAGCAACCACGUGUUGUGCAAAACAUCAGCACUGAGCUGUUUUGUUGGGAACAUAGUAACCGCAGUUUUCUCUGUCGAAACUCCAUUUAAAUGCUUCUCACACUGUUCUGUGAUCAAAAUGAAAUGUUUCAGUGGAACCAGCUGAUGACUCUGUCUUUGCAUGUUUAUAUAUAUAUAUGUAUGUAUAUAUAUAUAUAUAUAUAUAUAUAAACUGACUCAAAUGUUGCAGACCUGUUGAUAUGAAUCACUACAGGGGAGGGCAGGGUAUAUUAUAUAUACAUACUGUAUGUACACAGUUAAGCUGAAAGCACUAAUUUUAUCAAUAGUUUUUAAUUAUGUACUUUUCGUAAUUAUGAAAAUAGAAUGUACAGAGUCUUUUUUUUUUAUUCUUUGCUUGUGCAUGUUGUUGCCUGGACAGGCAAAAACUAUGGAUGGUACACCAAUAUUCACACAACUGUUGCUGUUCAGCCCGGUGUUUAAAAAAAAAAAAGAUAAAGAUAAAAGAAAUGGUAUUUCUGCAGUUGUUUGUUGCCCAUCAUGAAUCCACAAAUUAAACCUUUGUAAUAGUG